GCACCAGCCACUGCGGCCACCGCCGGGGAGCGGCGGCGGCGGUCGGUGCCGAGUGCGGCAUGGGGCGGCCGCGGGAGGGAGGUUAGGUUGAUGCUGAGUAGCACAACACCCUCCCUCCCCUGCCCUCUGGUUGGGUUCCUUGUAACUGAAGCUUCUUCAUUCCUGAAGACCAGGCCUCACUGAUGAUUGGGAAGCAAAGAGUACCCUGGAAAGCACUUUUACUACGGACUCCACCUCAGGAGCACCAGCAACUCAUCCUUUAAAUAACGUACAGUCUGUACCUCUGCUGCGCAGUCCUAAUGUCUGCUACCAUGGAUACAGAAUCAACGUAUUCAGGAUAUUCUCACUACUCAGGUCACUCCAAAAAAGCCCACAGACAAGGGAGUCGGGACAGGCACAAAUCACCACGAAGCAAAGAUGGCAGUCGAUCAGAGAAGUCCGUCACUAUCCAGACACCACCUGCAGAACCGCUGCUUGGGAAUGAUGCCUCUCGGACAGAGGAGGGCCAGGAUGAUAACUGGGGUGAGACCACAACAGCAAUCACAGGCACCUCUGAGCACAGCAUUUCCCAGGAGGACAUUGCCAGGAUCAGUAAAGAUCUGGAGGACAGUGUUGGGUUGGACUGCAAACGUUACCUGGGCUUAACAGUGGCGGCUGUUCUUGGACUGCUUGUCUUCCUUACCCCCAUCGCCUUCAUUCUGUUACCCCAAAUCCUGUGGCGGGAUGAUCUGGAGCCAUGUGGUACUGUCUGUGAGGGACUGUUCAUCUCUGUGGCGUUUAAACUCCUCAUUCUCCUGAUUGGGACCUGGGCUUUGUUCUUCCGCCAGCCCAAGGCAGAUGUACCCAGGGUGUUCGUGUUUCGGGCCCUGUUGUUGGUCCUCAUAUUUCUGUUUGUGUUUUCCUACUGGCUCUUUUAUGGUGUUCGCAUUUUGGACUCAAAGGACACCAACUACCAAGGAAUAGUGCAGUAUGCAGUGUCUCUGGUGGAUGCGCUACUCUUCAUUCACUACCUGGCCAUUGUGCUGCUAGAACUACGGCAGCUGCAGCCCAUGUUCACUGUCAAGGUAGUUCGGUCAACGGAUGGAGAAUCACGAUAUUACAGCCUGGGACACUUGAGCAUCCAGCGGGCUGCACUGGUCGUCCUGGAAAAUUACUACAAAGAUUUCACAGUCUACAACCCAACGUUGUUAACAGCCUCCAAAUCCCGUGCAGCCAAGCACAUGGCUGGCCUGAAAGUCUACAAUGUUGAUGGCCCAGGUAACAAUGCCACUGGGCAAUCCCGUGCCAUGAUUGCAGCUGCUGCUCGUCGCAGAGACUCCAGUCACAACGAGCUGUACUACGAAGAGGCUGACCACGAGCGCCGAGUUAAAAAACGUCGUGCAAGGCUCAUGGUUGCAGUAGAGGAGGCUUUCACUCAUAUCAAACGUCUCCAGGCAGAGGAACAGCAGAAAGCUCCAGGAGAGAUGAUGGAUCCACGAGAAGCAGCUCAGGCAAUCUUUCCCUCUAUGGCAAGAGCUCUGCAGAAGUACCUCCGCACCACUCGUCAGCAACAGUACCACAGCAUGGAGAGCAUCUUGCAACACUUGUCCUUCUGCAUCACCAAUAACAUGACACCAAAGGCAUUCCUGGAGCGUUACCUCAGUCCAGGCCCAACCCUCCAAUACGACAGGGAUCGCUGGUUUUCCAAGCAGUGGACGCUCGUUAGCGAGGAAGCGGUCACAAGUGGGUUACAAGACGGAAUUGUUUUUGUCCUCAAGUGCUUGGACUUCAGCCUUGUUGUUAAUGUGAAGAAAAUCCCCUUCAUCAAACUCUCAGAAGAGUUCAUAGACCCUAAAUCUCAUAAGUUCGUCCUUCGCUUACAGUCUGAGACUUCAGUUUAAGGGGUUUUGAGGGUGGGUUGUUUUGGGAUUUUUUUUUCAAUAUUGUGCUUUUGGGUUUAAUUUCCCCAAUGCUGACUGAAACUGGCAGAUGAUGGACCAGUAAUAUUUGACCAUCUGCACUUUAUUUGGAGGGGGGGGGAGGAUAUGGGAUAUCUUAUUUAGAAAGGAAUAUCUUAAGAGGCAACAGGGUGACUUGGCUCGGUUAGCUCAACUUUGGAGACAGAACAGCUUUUUUUUUUUUCUUUCUUUUUUUUUUUCACCCUUGGCAUAUUGUAAAUCUCAUGUUCUCUCUUUCUCUGCAGAAUUGCAAUGUCUGUAUUUCUGUUGGAACGCUGCCUUACGCUGUGUGUACACAUGCACUUUUGUGGCCCUGCUUUUGCCUGUAGCUAUUUCUGAGAGCACAUUGCUCACCUCUCCAGUGUAGAAGUCUGCAUGGUACCAGGAGAAUGUGCAGUCCUUUUUCACUUAGGAAGCAGAGGGAGUUUGAAGGGUGCAUGUGAAAGGGAUUCCUUUGCAAACCAUGUAAUCUUGAGACUGAAGAGUUUUUUUGUUUGUUUGUUUUUCCUCUUGCCCUUGUCCCCUCUUGUAUUAGCACUGGACCUGUAUGAGCAUAGUGGGGUAGUUUUGCUGCCUGUUGUCUCUGUGAAGCUGCUUGUCUUGCACUGGAUUAGCCCAUCUUGCAGGUGUUCAUUUUUUUUUUACCAGUGCUUGUUAGUGAAACAUCUUUAUUUUGCAUGAACAACUCCCUUGUUCUCUCCACUGUUUCACCUCUAACGCUUGCCCCUUUCUUUGUUGGACACUCCCAAAGCUCCCUGUUUGUGUUCCCUUCCAUCUGGCUUUCCAAACAUGUUUCUCUAGCCCCUGUCCCCUUGGGGUCUGCCUUACUGCUUCUUCCUUUCACACCUGCAGGGGUUGUGUAUUUAUGCUGGGACAGAGUAGGUAAGUAGCUAGCACCUUCCUAAAUAAAUCAGAGACCCUCCCUAUGUCUGACAGCCUCUUUGAGAGGAAGGGGAAUGAACGCAGGAAUGCACCUCUUGUUCUCUACAGGGCUUUAAAUGUGUCUGGAGAAAAGAGGGGCAAAAGCACUUCCCUUUCUCAGGAGAGGAGCAGGGGAAGGGCUGACCUCUGCUGUGUGCACCUGCUUUGAAGAAAGCUUGUGUGCUGAAAACACCAGAAUAUGUCCUUCCCUGCCAUUCACUUUUGGCUGUAGCUAAGAAAUACCAAACUAUAUCUGAAUGUUGAAAAUCUGCCUGCCUGCCUUGGCCUUUCUCUCCUGUGGGAGUCUCUCCUCAGUGACAGUAGCCUGCGAUUUCUCUGCUCUUGUGAGAGAGAUGCUUAGCUCUUAAAAAUCAAUUUUAUUUUCAGUUUUAUUUUUAAGGCCUUCUUUGCCCUUUAGUGCAGCAUCUGACACUUUUGUUUGUCAUGGGGUUUUGAAAUGUUUGCUUUUAAAGAUGAGCCUAAAUCAGUGUACUGAAUUCUGAAUGCUGGUGUGGGGCAUCGUGUGAUUUCUGAGCCAAAUCUGAGCCCAGUGGUGACCUGAUCUUCUGUUAGAGCUCUCCUGGAGCCCCCUGACUCUGUGGUGAUGGAUCAACAUGCAGGAAUGGAAAAGCUCAAUUUGUUCUGCCUUGUUUUUUUACCAUGCAAAUACCUAUAUUUAGUGGAAGCUGGUCAGUCUUCCAUGCAGAUGUGUCUUAUCACAGAGGGCCCAGGUUCAUGAGGUAUAUAAACAUGUGCCUUUCAUUAUGGGGGUGCAUUUUCUUACGGUGGGGCAGCUGUGACAGCCCCUGCUGUCCUCUCUGGCCUCCCCUGGCCUAGCCUUGGCUUUUUUGUCAGCCUACUGGGCUGCAUCCUCCCAGCAAGAGGCAUCCUGGCUAAGAGCGGAGAGCAGGAAUCUGCUAGUCCUGCAUGGUGUAGCUGAGCUGGGCUGGCCAGUGCCUGCAACAGGCAGGUGGGAGGAAGCAGUUACUGCAGGCUGGGGCGUUGGAAAGAGAUCAGAGGAGCUCAGCUUCUUCUGGUGCGGCAGUAAUGGCUGAGAAAGAGGUGCAUGUCCAACAACACCUGCAGAUAAUCCUGCUGGGAUCAAGGGAGCUACUUGCUGUCUGAACACCCUGAUGAGUGAAGGUCCAAAGUCGUGGUUCCCCAGCUAUGUGUCAUCUACAGCAUCCUGAACUCUUCCUGCCAAUGGACGCUUUCUUCCGAAUGCAUAAUAUUUACCAGGAUACAGUCCUCUCAGUGUAACGCACAAGAAAUGGUUGUAAAGAAACUAGAUAGUUUGCUACACAGCAGGAUCCAGGAUCAGGCCUGUACCCCUUGCGAGGUGAGAAGUAGGUAGAGUUUCACUGCUGUAAACUUACUGUUUGGAGUUUUUUGUAGGUCAAACUUCCUGGUAGUCUGUAUGGGGAUUUUUUAUUGAUUGUGGCCUUUGCAGUAUUUUAAUUUAAAAAAUACCAGAUUGUUUUAUAUCCUCUCCUUAAAAGGUGGAGAGGGCUUAUAGUAACUCGCAUAGAUCUCAUAAGGAUGUAUGUAGUUGGCUUUUAUGAUGUGCGUAACCAACAAGGAUGGGAGAGCCUGGGAGUAGCUUGGGAGACUCUGGAGCACUUAGGAUUGCAUUCAGGCUGCUGCCUGUGGCUGAAUUGGCUCAUCUGUGAGAAGCCAGAACAAGAACUACCUUGCCAGGAGCUUGGGUGUGUCAUAUGUGUGUGAAAGCACCUUUUUUUUUCAGGCACCUUGGUAAAAACCUUCUUUCCCAGGAAUUCCUGCCCCUUUCUUUUGCCCUCCCUCCUGGGGGUGGGGGGAUGUUGUCUGACAGUAUCUGCUCAGGAAAUUAUGUCUUAGUCUUUAAUUAUUGCAUUAAAUCCUUAAACACAUGGAAAACCAGACAGAA